CAAGGGUCCCAGACACACAGCAGCGCGGAGGUGGCAGCAGCAGCAGCAGCAGCAGCAGCAGCAGCAGCACCUGUGGGGAAAACGAGAGGCUAGAGCCAUGGAUGACCAGCGUGACCUCAUCUCUAACCACGAGCAGCUGCCCAUGCUGGGCCAGCGCCCUAGAGACCCAGAAAGGUGCAACCGCGGAGCCCUGUACACCGGCGUGUCUGUCCUGGUGGCUCUGCUCUUGGCUGGGCAGGCCACCACUGCUUACUUCUUGUACCAGCAGCAGGGCCGCCUAGACAAGCUGACCGUCACCUCCCAGAACCUGCAACUGGAGAACCUUCGCAUGAAACUCCCGAAAUCUGCCAAGCCUGUGAGCCAGAUGCGGAUGGCUACUCCCUUGCUGAUGCGUCCACUGCCCAUGGAUAACAUGCUCCGCCAGCCUGUGCAGAAUGUCACCAAGUACGGCAACAUGACCCAGGACCAUGUCAUGCACCUGCUCAUGAGGUCUGGACCCCUGGAUUACCCACAGCUAAAGGGGAGCUUCCCGGAGAAUCUGAAACACCUUAAGAACUCUAUGGACGGUCUGGACUGGAAGGUCUUCGAGAGCUGGAUGAAGCAGUGGCUCUUGUUUGAAAUGAGCAAGAACUCCCUGGAGGAGAAGCCCACUGAGACCCCGCCCAAAGUACUGACCAAGUGCCAGGAAGAAGUCAGCCACGUCCCCGCCGUCCACCCGGGUGCGUUCCGUCCCAAGUGCGACGAGAACGGUAACUAUAUGCCACUCCAGUGCCACGGGAGCACUGGCUACUGCUGGUGUGUGUUCCCCAACGGCACUGAGGUCCCUGGCACCAAGAGCCGCGGGCGCCACAACUGCAGUGAGCCACUGGACAUGGAAGACUUGUCUUCUGGCCUGGGAGUGACCAGGCAGGAGCUGGGCCAAGUCAUCUUGUGAAGACAGAGGCCAGCUCUGCACAGCGGCAGCCCCCUGCUCUCCUGUGCCUCAGCCCUUCUUACUGUCCCUGACAUCACACCCCAUUUCCCGUCUCCCUGCACCCUGGAGCUCAGAGACCGGUGUCAGCUUCAUCAUCCCUGGACACCGCAAAUGAAACCAGAACAGAAUGAGGACGCCAGAGGGCCUUGCUGCCACCGCUAUCUGAAGGGACCCCCAUUUCUGACCCGUUAGCAGUCUUUGGUGUGGGGCUCUGAGAUACAGGCCCGCAGACAGGGAUAAGGGAUGCCCUACCCAUAACCUAGGCUGGACACAUCUGCUAUCUCCUCAUGGAAGACCUCAAGCCCUCCCCCAGCAGCCCCCAGGUUUCUUGCUCAGCCAAGCUUGUCAGCAGCCUGUAGAAUCAUGGUUCGUGUGACAAUAAAAGGUAGAAGGUAGAA